GAUAACAGUAGUGAAAAGCAGACGUCCAGAAGAACACCUGUUCCAGUCAUCUUGGGAGAGAGGAGAAGAACACGAGAACACGAGAACAUCCAUGAAGCACCCAAGUAGAUUCUGAUCAUCGAAAUCUUCUCAUAAGGUGGCGCGAGACAACCACAAUGAGUGAUCAAUUAGAGAAUAUUAUGGUCCAGUUGGGCACAGGCAGGUGGAACAUUCUGCACUUUAUCACAGUGGGAUUCGGGGCGGCGAUCCCGACCCCCCACGGCCUGGCCAGCGCCUUCUUCUCUCCCAAGAUCGACUUCGCCUGCACGCCCUCCGCCGCCGCCGCCCUUCCGCCCGGACCCAACGACACGUCACCCACAUGCAGUUACUUCACGGAGGACCCUGUGACGGGAGGCUUCGAGGAGGAGCAGUGCACCGAGUGGGACUUCGACAACUCCACCUUCAGAUCCACCGUCACCUCAGAGUACAACCUCGUUUGUGGGAGAGAGUACUUGCGAGCGAUCUACCAAAGCAUGUAUAUGUUUGGUGUCUUCAUGGGGUCGCCUAUCAAUGGAUUUUUAGCCGACAGGUAUGGAAGGAAACCGCUGGUCGUGGGUGGGUCGCUUAUGUUCACCGCCAUCGCCAUUUGCUCCGUUUGGCUGACGAAUUUCUCUUCACUGCUCGCGGCUCGCUUCCUCGUAGGCCUAGGGCACUCCACCCUCCUCAAGACAGCCUAUAUUCUUGCACUCGAGGUGUCGGCCCCGCGGGUCAGGUCAGCGGUGGGCGUGGCCAUCCUCAUGCCUUGGUCUAUAAACACGGUCAUCUUCAGCGGGGUCGCCUACCUCAUCAGGGACUGGAGGAUGCUGCAGCUGGUCAUGUCGCUGCUGGGACUGCUGCACAUCCCUGGCCUGUGGCUCAUAGACGAGUCGCCGCGCUGGCUGGCCGUGAGAGGGCAGCACCAGCGCGCCCUCAGCAUCCUGAAGAAGGCCGCCCGGUGGAACAAGGUUACUCUUCCUCCUGACGAUGAGCUCAUUGCCAUCCUCAAAUCCGGGAAGGAUGAGGUGGCUGCAAGUCGAGCGUCGCUACACAAGGCAAUGUCGACCAGAAUCAAGGAGGCUUUGAUGAACCUUGCUAUAUUAUUCAGAACGCCGAGGCUACGCAAGAUCACCCUCAUCUGCUACCUGGACUACCUGGUGGUGGCCAUGGUCUACUUCGGGCUCUCCCUCAGCGGCGCGAGUCUCAGCGGGAACGUGUUCGUGUACAUGGCGCUGAUGGGGCUGGUGGAGAUGCCGCCCUGUGUGAUCGUGACCUACCAGGUGGCCAGGCUCGGGCGGAGGGUCACCACGGCCAAACUUCACCAUCAGCGGGGCGGUGGUCCUCGCCCUGCUCUUCAUUCCCGAAGACCUGAAGUGGCUGACGGUGACCCUCGCGAUGCUGGGGAAGAUGAGCAUCUCCGGAGCCUUCAACGCGAUCAACCUCUUCGCCUCCGAGCUCUUCCCGACGGAGGUGAGGACGCGAGGCAUCAACACCUCCUUCAUGAUGUCUCGUAUGGGCGCCAUGGCCUCGCCCUUCAUCACGGAUCUGCUGGGCUCAGUCUACCCGUGGUCUCCCCCGGUGGUAUUCGGAGUAGCGGCUCUCCUGGCGGGGUUGGGAGCGAUCACUCUGCCGGAGACCCUGGGGCUGGCUCUGUCGGACACCGUGGCGCACCUCGAGUCCAAGGAGAUCGCCACGAAGACCAGGUGGGAAGAGGCGUCGUGACGCGUCUGUUAUAGAUUUCUCUC